CAAAGAUGAAGAGUGUAGAAAGUCAUGUGGGUCCAAUCGUAUGUUGAUUGCCAGCUGAAGGCCGCAAAAUAUGGUUACAUAAAUCCCCCUCCCCAACACCUGCACUGCAGCACACUGUGAUUAUCUGCACUCCCAUUGUCAAUUUCUCUCACAGACAUUUUCACAAACACUUGCAUAUUGCCUGCGGAACGAGCUUUCUAGCUGAGCCAGCAAGCGCCAUGGGUCGACCGCAGCAGCGCUACCGCGGUGUCCGACAGCGCCACUGGGGAUCUUGGGUCUCCGAAAUCCGCCACCCUCUGCUAAAGACGAGAAUAUGGCUCGGCACGUUUGAGACGGCGGAGGACGCAGCAAAGGCCUACGACGAGGCUGCAAGAAUCAUGUGCGGUCCCAGAGCCCGGACCAACUUCUCGUACAGCCCCAACGAGCCCCAAUUAUCGUCGGGGAGGCUUCUUUCAGCUACUUUAAUGGCUAAGCUGCACAAAUGCCACAUGACAUCCCUUGCUUUGGCCAAGAAACCGGCUUUGAAUAAGGUAAACGAAGCAGUUCAAACGUCACGUUUCGACAGAGUAAACGGCACAGACAACAAGGACGAGGAAAAGGGUAGUGGUAGUUAUGGCAGCCCGACAUCGUCAGAUAAUAAUGUACACAAAUUCAGAUCUCUAGAAGAUGAUCACAUAGAGCAGAUGAUUCAGGAGUUGCUUGAUUAUGGUACAGUUGAGGUUUGUUCUGUUAUGGAGAACUCAAAGAAUAUUUAGAUUUGUGCACUCUCAAGAAUAAAACCCUCUAUUGUUUCCUUUCUUUGAAAUUGAUGAGGUGAUUACUUCCACACUGUUUCAUGUUUGUGACUUCUUUUGUUGUUUGUUUAGUUUAGUGUUUAUGUGUGAAUCAGACAGUGAGAAGUCUUAGUAUAGUAAAGUAAGUUCAUUCACCUCCACACAUCCAAAAUUCCCACCAGGUCAAGGUAUUGCGCAGAUAUCAUUUUGCCCGGCAUAGCGAAAAUUUUUAUCUGAAUUAGAUUUUGUUGGGUUGAACUAGUUACACGACAAAAAUGUAAUAAUCUUAUAACGCA